AUGUCAGAACUAGCACCAACCGACCCCCCAUGCUCUUCUGAACCCAUUUUCUUCUGGAAACAUGGUGAAAGUAAUGGCUACCUCUGCCAAUGGUACGCCUCUCCCUUCACCGUCUCAGGCACUACGUAUGCGACAUGCGAAAUGUAUAUGAUGAUUCAAAAAGCGCUGCUUUUCAACGACAAUGACACGGCACAAAAAAUGCUGCGAACAACCGAUCCACGCAAGCACAAGGGACUGGGGCGCAAGGUGCAGGGCUUCGAUCAGGCAGUAUGGGACAAGCAUAAAUUCGACGUUGUUGUGCAGGCAUCAUAUUAUAAGUUUACUAUUAGCCGACAUGCAGAGCGCUUGCGGCAUAUGCUGCUUGCAACGGGUGAAUGCGAGCUGGUCGAGACGAGUCCGUUCGACUGCGUGUGGGGCAUUGGAUUCAAGCAGGCAGAUGCCAUGCUAAAUCGCGAAUUUUGGGGCGAGAACCUACUAGGGAAAGCGCUGAUGGAAGUGAGGAAGCGAUUGAGGGAUGAGGAGAAACAAAAGGAGGAGCAGGCAAGGCGGGAUCGUGAGCAGUGGGAGCAGGAUGUGUUGGGCAGAGUGAGGUCAGCUGCGAAAGGGAGGAGGAGUCAAGAGAGAGAGGUGAGCAGGUGA